GCCCUGGCUCCCGAAUCCCGCCCGGACCAGACGAGGGGCGGGGCGUCGGCCCCAACCGAGCUAUCCGGUCAGACCGCGCCAGUUUGAAUGAAAGCGCUACAAGAUGGCGGCGGCCGGGGCCGAGUCUCGAGGAGCUUGGUGUGUGCCUUGCCUAGUUUCACUUGAUACUCUUCAGGAAUUAUGUAGAAAAGAAAAGCUCACAUGUAAAUCGAUUGGAAUCACCAAAAGGAAUCUAAACAAUUAUGAGGUGGAAUACUUGUGUGACUACAAGGUAGUAAAGGACAUGGAAUAUUAUCUUGUAAAAUGGAAAGGAUGGCCAGAUUCUACAAAUACUUGGGAACCUUUACAAAAUCUCAAGUGUCCAUUACUUCUUCAGCAGUUCUCUAAUGACAAGCAAAAUUUUUUAUCUCAGGUAAAGAAAAGCAAAGCAAUAACUCUUAAAAACAAUAAUAAAGCUUUGAAGCCUGCCCUUGCUGAAUACAUUGUAAAGAAGGCCAAACAAAGGCUAGCGCUGCAGAGAUGGCAAGAUGAACUCAACAGAAGAAAGAAUCAUAAAGGAAUGAUAUUUGUUGAAAAUAAUGUUGACUUAGAGGGCCCACCUUUGGACUUCUACUACAUUAAUGAAUAUAAACCAGCUCCUGGAAUCAGUUUAGUAAAUGAAGUCACCUUUAGUUGUUCAUGUUCAGAUUGCCUCGUUGAGAAAUGUUGUCCUGCUGAAGCUGGAGUUCUUUUGGCUUAUAAUAAAAACCAACAAAUUAAAAUCCCACCUGGUACUCCCAUCUAUGAAUGCAACUCAAGAUGUCAAUGUGGACCUGAUUGUCCCAAUAGGGUUGUACAAAAGGGCACACAGUAUUCCCUUUGCGUCUUUCGAACUAGCAAUGGCUGUGGCUGGGGUGUAAAAACACUUGUGAAGAUUAAAAGAAUGAGUUUUGUCAUGGAAUAUGUUGGAGAGGUAAUCACAAGUGAAGAAGCUGAAAGACGAGGCCAGUUGUAUGAUAACAAAGGAAUCACAUAUCUCUUUGAUCUUGACUAUGAAUCCGAUGAAUUCACAGUGGAUGCAGCUCGAUAUGGAAAUAUUUCUCAUUUUGUGAAUCACAGUUGUGACCCAAAUCUUCAAGUGUUCAAUGUUUUCAUUGAUAACCUUGAUACUCGUCUUCCUCGAAUUGCACUGUUUUCCACAAGAACCAUAAAUGCUGGAGAAGAGCUAACUUUUGAUUAUCAGAUGAAAGGUUUGGGAGAUUUAUCUUCAGAUUCUUUUGACCAAAGCCCAGCCAAAAAGAGGAUCAGAACUGUGUGCAAGUGUGGAGCUGUGACAUGCCGAGGUUACCUCAACUGA